AUGCCGUCAGACCCGCCGCUAAGCAAUAAGCUAUCCAAAUCGAGCCCCAACCCCAACUCUGAUCCCACAUUGGAGCUAACCGAGUCGCUGGAGUCAGAAUCACUUGAUGAUGACGUUGAAAUGCCGAUAGACAACUGGGCCGGUUGUUUCAGGGAGGCUAGCAAGUUGUUAAGUAGCGUCGACGGUGUCGACUCAUAA